AUGUUGGUUGUGCUCUACUGCUCGGACUGUCUGUCGUUUACAAUUAUUGUCGCGCCAUCACUUUGGACACGGAAUCCACACGGACACGGUUUUCCACGAGAAGCCAAACGGGCUCCUCGCGAGAGCAAUGUGAUAUCGAAAUCACCGGUUCCGCAGAUGCAGCAUUUGUCUCCCCCACAAGGUAGCCGAAAAAGAGCGUAUCCGUCUUCGGCGUCACGUCCCGAUUGGAUCCAAAACUCGCCCAAGCAUCGGCUAGGAUUACCAACACUCGUAGCGAUACUUCUCGGAUGGAUCAGCAUCCGCAGUCACGCGUUUGUUCCACAUUCUACGCGUUCCCCUGCGUUGGUCCAAUCUCGUAUACGUCUGGCGGAUCAAAUUACCGAAAAAGAACAGGAUGAAUCGGUCUGGAAAUGGAACGCAUCAGGCUCGUUCGGAUCACUCCUCAUGCAGUUGCAGAAAAAGGAAGAAGCGCUUUUAGCCGUAAACGAAACUUUUUUGGAACAGGACGUUGUGGAUCUCGAUCCUCGGGGUGAGCAUCGUGCUGAAGAAGCACGAACGGCUCCGGACCUCAAACCAUUGGAGGAACAACAAUCCCAAGAACAACUGGCCACCAUGGAUUGGGAUACCGCCAAGGAACUCGACAACACCAUCACUAUACUCUCUAAUGGGGACCGCGCGCGUCAAGAACUCCAAACAUUGCCCCUGAGCGCCUUGCAAAAGAGUCUACUCGGAGAUGGUACGACCACUUCUCCGGAACAGGCCGAUAGCACCGUCAUUCUACCCUUGUCACGCAAAGCUCACUACGAAGAACGCAUCGGGCGCGACUUGAGGCACUUAGCUGUUUCGAUUGCCGCUUCCACGGAAACAGUUGCUGACUGGCAAACUUUUUGUGCCAAUCAAGGAGGGUUGUAUCCCGUAUUGGAGACCAUUCGUGAAGGGGCGCAGCAUGUUGCACCUUAUCUUACCAACACGAAAGUGAACAACGCGACCACAUCAAUGGAUUCCCAAGGCAUUCGAAAUCCUAUCCGAAUGGAAGAGUCUUUUCAAGCUGCCUGCAGCGCUUGUCGAGCUCUACGAGACUUGUGCGCCAUCUCACCCGAGGUAUCCGCCGUAUUAACGGAUGGGAUUUUGCGAGCCAACGCGGCUUGGGAGGGCUCGUUAAUGCGUGAUUUCUGCACUCUUUUGCAGUACGCCAGUGAUAUAGAUGGUCCCACACGCUUGGACGGGAUGCCUCCAACUCUCUCCCGAGGACAAUCGCGAAAGGAAGCCUCGGUCAACGAAGCCGCCUGGGCGGUACAGAAUCGCUUCACAAUUCGUCGCAAGCAACGUCGCGAUACCAGACUACGGUGCAAAUUAUACAUUACGCAAUUACUCUUGGCUGUGAUUGUGGCCAGCGACGAUGCUGUCGCAGCCAUUCGAAAGACAGAUGGUUUGGCUCACGCCGUUCUGCAAAGCUCGUCCUUUGCUCGCAAGCAACAGCGUAGGCGGUGGUUGCGAUAUCCUGUCGAAAUGGCAAAAUGGCUUUGGAGACGACGCCGUAGGACAGUCACGCAGGAGUCAGCCAAUUUGAGGCGUCCUUUCUUGGAAGCGGCCAAUAUUGCCAACGAUCUCGAAGGGCAAGUACAACGUACCGCUAACCAAAUUCUGGCGGCAAUAGGACACAAUCAAUGGCGACCGAAAAUUCCGGGUCAAAAGGGGCUUCGCAUACUAUGCUUGGAUGGCGGGGGUUCGCGUGGAAUGACGGCCGUCUCCGCCGUCAAGUGUAUGAUGGACGCGGCCGGAAAUGGCAACGAUGUGGCAGACUCAUUCGAUCUGAUUUGUGGUACCUCGACUGGAGGGAUUAUUGCUUUUCUGAUUGGUCUGCGUCGAGAAUCUAGCGCCCAAGCCGUAGAGCGAUACAACCAGCUUAUCAAGCAAAUCUUUGUCAAGCCGUUUUUGAGUACUCCGCUUAUGGUUUUCACGACGGCGUCAUACGACGAAUCUCCAUUCAUGAACAUCCUCAGUACGAUUUUACAAGACAAGAUAAUGCUGGAUAGUCGAGCUGAUCCAGCCGUGCCAUUGGUCUGUUGCUUGACAUCCAAAAUGUCAUCCACACCGACACACGUUGCUUUGUUUCGGAACUACAACUACGCAAAAGACGAACUCCGAGAUCCCUUCACGAUCAAUCCGGACAAGGCUCGCGAAGACCUUGGUCUACCUUUAAGCGUCGAGCAUCCGUCCGUUCAGUCCGGUAGCUAUAAAAAAGAGCUUAGUUUGAAGAAUGCACCAGGUGCUCGAUUAGCGGCGGGCUCGCGAUACCCAGGAUCCUUUCGUGUCUUACAGCGGUAUGCCCUUAGGGCGUCGACGGCGGCCCCGACAGUUUUCAAACCUGUCAUGAUGGGAGGGGAAAUGUAUUGCGAUGGAGGCAUUGUAGCCAGUAACCCUGCGGCAGUUGCUGUUCACGAAGCUCGGACACUAUUUCCGGACAUACCAAUUGAGCUGGUUGUAUCGGUUGGUACCGGAGCGUUCUUAGAGCAAAAAAGCGCACCGCGAAUAGGAUGGGAUGGAAUCAUUGGUCAAAUCGUUAACAGUGCGACUGAUGGCGAGCAAAUACAUCACAUCUUGGAGGAUAUCCUGGGGGAAUCGUCAAUAUUGGGUCCGCGUUCAUCGGUAUCGAAGACACGGUAUUUUCGGUUUAACCCAGUCAUCGGGAUGCCUGAUGAAUUUCCUAUCGAUGUCACGGACCCCAAGAAGCUCACGAAGCUGCGACAACUCACCAAAGACUACAUGAACGAACCGGAGCAAUGUGCUAAGCUGCAACAGAUUUCCGACCUACUGGGAGGCCGCGAUCGAUGGAAACAGCUGGUCAUUUCAAAGCCAGGAGAGCCUAAAAUAUUAGCCUUUACCGAGCCAAUAGCUCUGCCAAACAUGACAAAAGAAACAAAAUUCAUUUCUUGCUCCUUGGUUUGUGUCCUGGCUGCUGCGGAUGUUUCUUGCAUUUCACCUUUUGCGCCUCGUCUGCCCCGUGCCGCGAACAGCGCUCCUAAAGAUACGAUUUCAAGAUGCAAAAGAUCACUAGCGAACGCGCGUACUCAUGGGUUGCACGAUAGGUGUAAUUGGAGCCCACUGAGAAUACGCGGUGGUGGUAUUCCUGGGGUGGUGAAGGCCCUGUUUCUGACCGCUCUUCGCAAUCCUGUUUUGGUUCUUUUGAUGGCCGGAUCUUCCUUGACAACAAUUUAUAAGAGCAAAAUCCCGCACGCACAGCACCUUCAAGGCUUUCUGAGCUUUUGCACGGCUGUUUAUGUUUUCUACCUCCUAACUGUGUGGCAAAGGAUGGUGCAAGCUGAGACUCGAGCCUCGUAAAAAGGAGCUGGAUGGUGAUUCUGUUUUUGCGUGAGUUAUGUUUCCAUCUUGAAAUCAAAUUACAUCGAGACGACCUUUCGUGUCUAGGUAAAGUUGAUCCAUUGCCAGUAAACAAACUGACAAUGAAUGGAUGUAGGUAGCACUGACCACCUUGCAUCCUUUUAGAGUCUCUGUAGUGAAAACAGACGCGGCUCGAUUAUUCAGAAGUCUUGGCGAAAUGAAAAGGCGUAUGUCUGUGAAGAAAUAACGUCUCGAAGAUCCACGUAUUUGGCGCCGAAUGCUAACAAUUGACAAUGACAAUCCCUUCUACAUAGCACAAAACCGUUAUUUGAGCGGCAAAAUCACUC